AAAGACCAUCGGAUCCGCCAACACCAGCACGUCAAAAAAGCACGGUGUGAAGUGCAAAAGGAGUUUCGAUUGGCAGCAAAAGUUCUUUCAAGAGCGACUUUGUGACGCCUUGGGCGCAGUAAAAGGCCAAGAAAAUGUCCGAUACGGAGGUCGUUGAACCUAAGAAGGGUCGCGGACGUCCACCCAACGUCGAAAGGAACAGCGUGGCCCCGAAAAAGCGUGCCCGAGCCCUCUCCCCGAAGGACACCAAAGACGAAGAGAAGGAGCGCGAGAAGGAAAAGGCUGUCGUUUCGGAUGCCGAUGAUGAACCGUCACCGAAGCGUGGCCGCGGACGGCCAAAAGGCACCGCAAAGAAGACCACUAAGGCCCCCAAAAAGGCACCGGUUGCUCCGGUCGGCCGUGGCCGUGGUCGGGGAAAGAAAAAGGCGGCCGAAUCGUCGGACGAGGAUGAUGAUGACGAAGAUCCGGAGGACAGCGAUGAAAAUGAGGAAAACUACGAAAACGAUGACUCUGAUUAAUCGUGUGACCGCGCGCGAAUUCCUUAUGAGAAAUUGUAUUACUUAGAUGUUUUUGACGUUAAAAAACUGCCACUAUCGGUGGGGGAUCAGAACUUUUGCGCCGUUUCCAAAUGACGAUACCAAGUUUCCUGUCCUGUCCACGGAGAUCGGAUUACGGAUCACGCAAAGUUGGGCUGCCGACGGAAUGGGCGUCUUUUCAUAGUUUCUCUAUCGAUGUAAUGUACUCCUUUUGAAACGAAACUGCACCAUUACUGUUCUAGAAAAGUGAAAAAAGCAUUUUGUAAAUCGCACCUAUUGUAAAGUUAAUUUCGAAAUAAAUUCA